AUGCUUCAAGAUUGUUAAAAAAGAUAAAAACUAUAAAAUAGAACUCUAUCAACGAAUAUUGGACACAAGAAGUAUAUUAAAAUAGAUUUAAAUUAAGGGUUAAUAUAGGUUAGUUUUUAAAUUAAUCAAGUGUUACUCCAAUAAUUCUCUUAAAAGGAAACGGUUUUUUAUAAAAAACUCUCUUAAACCUUGAAAAAUUGAAGUCUGGGUAAACCAUAUUAUUAGAUGUAUCUAAAUUUUAAAUAAUAUUCUUUUACUGCAAAGGAGUGUUAAAAAAAGGAUAUCUUGUAUUUUUAACCUAAAUUUCUUUAAAUCUAUAAUCUCAACAAUACUUGUUUUUGAUUUCCCAUAGACGGAUAGACUUAUCACUACUACCAGAAGCUAAUGUAUUUCCAUCAGGAGAGAAGCAGACUGACCAGACAGUACUAGUAUGACCAUCCAAUUAAUACAAAUCGUUUAUUUUUAAUUAUUGCCAGUUACAUCCAAAUAAUUAAGCAUUUAAAUUAAUUCCAUUGAUAUUCACAUUCUUAAAUUAAGAUUUAGAUAAAUUGCAUUUAGCAAAAUUACCCCCAAAUAAAUUAGUAUUUUCAAUUCUUAUAUUUUCAAAAUUUAGCUUGUUUGAUCCACCUUCAUUUCAACCAAUUUAUUUAGUGCAUUAGAUCCACUUAGUAUAAAUUUAUUAUCUAUCUUAGAAGUAUGAACUCAGCAUUUCAUCUAUAAAAUUGGUUGUGCAAUUUGCGAGGGCGGAUUCAUUUUUGACUUUUUGGUUGAAGAAUGCUUAUAAUAAUAGUCGUAAAUUGAAACUUGUUUAAGAUCAUUUAUCAAUUUAGAAGGUAUUGAAAUUUGUACAUUAUCUUCUGAAACUGAUUUUAGUAUUGCAAAUAAUAAAUUGUUAGAAAUAUUACUCUAAUUGUUUAUAAUAUGUCUUUUCUCUUAAAUCAAAGUUAUAAUGUGUACUUUGUAAUUUAGGAUAUGUUAGUUCAGUGAUUACAGGGUAUUGUAUAAAAAGUUAAGAUUCUUUUGAGUCGGAAGAAAAUAUUCAAGUAAUUUAAGGAGACUUUUUGAGGCAGAUGGAUAUGUUCAAUUGCUUUAAUUUUUACCUGAUUAAUAGUAUUUUUCGUACACUCCAGAAUUAUUACAUGAGUUUAUAAUUAAAUGUAAAAAUGGAUAUUAAGUAGCAUCAAUUCAAUUAUGUAAAAAAUAUUGUAGUAGCGAUUGUUUAAAUUGCUAAGAUAAUUUUAGUAAUUUUAUUUGUAUGA